AUGCCGCAAGAAGCUUCAGGUCUAUUAAGUCAGUUAGUAUCAGAUACCAAUAUAAAUCAGCAUUUUUCUGGUGAUAUAUUGCAAGAAACCACGGACUCGGUAAUAUUUAAUAAAGACCAAGAUUCACUUAGUUUAAAUACUGAAUUUGGUAACGAUCAACACUUUUCUUACGAUGUGUUGCAAGAAACUUCGAAUACAGUAAUAAUUGAUAAUAAUCAAGACCCACCUAGCUUAAAUAUAAAUAACAAUUUCUUCUUGUUUCAAAUUGGUUCUGGUAAUGAUCAACGUCCUUCAGAUCUGUUAAUACUUGAUAAUAAGCAAAAUUCAUUUGAUUUAAAUGUGGAUAACAGUUUCACUUUAUCUCAAAAUGAUUCUGGUAGUGAUCUACAUGAUAUCGAAUCUGUUAAUACGGAUACAGAAGAAAUUGAGGUACAAAAUAGUGCUUCAGAUCUUGAAUUCAUUGAAUUGCACUUGUGGAGAGAAAAUGCGUAUCAGCAUAAAAUUAAAUCGAUCAUCGACUACGUACAUAUCUCUAGCUUUGGAGAAUACAG